ACAAAUCUUUAUUUUAUAACGAAGAGGAAGUUAAAUACCAUUUGACACAGAAAUGCUACGGAUAGUGGUGUAAUAAUCUAUUGACUAUUCUUAUUUUUGCCGGAAAGAUGUGAAACGUUGUCAUAGUAAGACAAACCUCACAAUGGCCAGUUUUGGUGAAUCAUCCCUUGUUGUUGUUGCAUUUGAUUUUGGCACCACCUUCAGUGGCUAUGCAUUCUCCUUCCGGAAUGAUCCACUCAAAGUCCAAACCAAUGGCAACUGGAUUGCUGGAUCUGAAAAGUUGAUGUCUCUUAAAACUCCGACAUGCCUUCUCCUUGACCAAAAAGGAAACUUUCAUUCAUUUGGUUUUGAGGCUGAAAAUAAGUACACAUCACUAGCAGAAGAUGGUCAACAUCAUGGCUGGAGGCUGUUCAGAAGGUUUAAAAUGAUGCUACACAGCAACAAGAAACUUUCAAGAGGAGCGACUGUUGAAGAUAUCAACCAGAAGUCGAUGCCAGCGCUUCCCGUAUUUGCUAUGUCUAUUCGUUACUUAAGGAACCAUUUUCUUGAAGCCGUGGAAAAGCAGACAGCCGGUGUGGAAGAAACGGAUAUUCAAUAUGUCCUCACGGUUCCCGCCAUUUGGGAUGACAGCGCCAAACAGUUUAUGAGAGAAGCUGCUAUUGAGGCUGGGAUCGAUUCAAGGCGACUGAAACUUGCAUAUGAGCCCGAGGCAGCCUCUAUCUGGUGUCAGAUUGUGACGUCGGAUGCGAAAGCGUCUCUUGACAGACCCGGUGUCCAGUAUAUGGUCGUUGAUUUAGGAGGAGGAACAGCGGAUAUUUUUCUCAUGAAAAGCAAGCAAAUGGAACGCUUAAAGAAAUUCACAAGGCAAGCGGAGGGCCAUGGGGUGGAACUUACGUCGACGACAAUUACAUUUCCAUGCUUUGUGACGUAUUUGGUACGAGAGCUAUCGAGGAGCUGAGAAGAGAGGAAAUGGGUGACUAUUUCGACAUUUUGAGAGAAUUUGAGACAAAGAAAAGAACAUUUUCUACGAAAAUUAAAGACAAGAUAACUUUUCGGAUUUCAGCCACUUUGAGAGAACUCUCCGAUAAGUUCGAAGGCGGAACGCUCAAGGAUCGAAUUGGAAAUCUUCGUUACGGGAGCAACCUUGAGCUUCGUGGAUCUGACAAGCUGAGAGUUGAUCCUCUGAUCAUCAGCGGCUGGUUCGAUGGACCUCUUAAUUAUCUGCUUAGACAUGUGAAGGAACUGUUUAGAGAGCCGAAAAUGUCUGGCGUAUCCACAGUUUUGCUUGUGGGUGGAUUCGGGGAAAGUAUGUAUGUGCAAGAAAGAUUAAAGGCAGAAAUCAUAAACAAGCAGAUAAUUGUUCCUGCAGAAGCUGGUCUGGUUGUGUUGAAAGGUGCAGUUCGGUUUGGGCACGAAUCGGAUAUAGUAUCCUCGAGGGUCAUGCAGUUUACAUAUGGUUUUGGUGGCCGCAUGCCUUUUGACAAAAACAUCCAUCCAGAAUCCAACCUUGUCAUUCGGGACGGCAAGAGGAGAUGCAAAGAUGCGUUUAUUAUCGUUGCUCGAGCAGGAGAUGAAAUUGAUUUUGGCGAGGAAAAGACGGUCGGAAGGGAUCCUGGAAGUAAUUUGGAGUCCACAACGUUCCCGAUAUUUCGAUGCCUGUCUCCUAAUCCAAUCAUUACAACGGAGAGAGGCUGUAGGCGAAUCGGGCACCUGAGAGUUUACCAUCCUGAGGGAGAUACAAAGCGUGACAAAAAGAUGAACGUUACUUUUAUGUUCGGUGAUACAGAACUGUUGGUGAAAGUUACGAUCCGAAAGACCGGAAAAACAUUCGAACUUGCGAUUGAUUGUCUGGAAUGAAGGCUUUUGUGUGGUAUAAUAAUUAACGUUUGCAUGGCUUAUACAGGCUGACAUGUACAUGAGUUGUUUAGGUUAACGAGUUAUGUGAGUGUAUUCAUUAGGUAGUGUGCUUUUUAGGUUUAAAAUGUCAAUUAAUCAACGAAUUUAUUAAGUUUGCUUGUAUUUUGACCAUCUUAUAAUGGAUUUGUUGUUGUU